AUGAGUGAGUCUAAUGCUAAAAUUGACCAAUGUUUAGAUAAGUUAUUUGACUUCUCAUCGAACUUUAAGGUCUCAAUAGAAAGCAUUCAAAAGUUGGCUCAGCAUUUACGCUUCGAAACAUUUAUUGAUAAACAUGCGUACACGGUUAAUCCCAAUCAGUUAUAUCAGCAAUUGAAACCUCAAAGAUUGUCAAUUGCUGGUUCACUAAUUUUGGUUGAUAUCGACUUCACUAGUGACAAUAAAAUUAUCAACUUAUCGUUGUCACUGGCGAAUCAAGACAUGAGCAUUGCUGACGGACAUGGAAACGAUACCAACAGAAGAAUCAGCCAAAGAGAAGAUAUAAAAGUUAUCAACAUAGAUUUAAAUGAAAAUAAUGAGAUGUCUAUACUCAAGAAGAAUGCAGAUGAAGAGCAAUCGAUGGCUGAGUCUAUUUUAUUUAGUAGUUUACAAGGCACAAGAUUGGGCAAAUUUCCGAAUAACUUGAGGUACUUAGCGUUAUUGGAUAGACUCUCCACUGCAGAUGUAAACUUGUUCAGCUUUAUAAACAAGGUGGGUUUGAUUUUGAAAACUGUUCAAUCGUUAGAGGGAAUCAAUGAGGACAUUUGGGAAAUAAAAGAAGGACUAUGCAAUAGCGUCGGUAAUAUCAUCUCUAACGAUAAAGAGGGAAACCGCAUAGGGCUUUUCAUCGAGUUCUGGAAAGACAGUAGAUUUGUGGCUCAUGAGAUGAAGACUCAGGAUAACAAUUCGACAAUGAGAAGGAAUUAUGGUGCAUUAAUUGGGGUUGACUCACAUGUUGGUAGUCCGAUAAACUAUUUGCAAGAGAAUAAAACUGACGUAUGGAAGUUACAAAGUCCACAUGAUGAGCUUACAAAGUAUCAGUUUGAUUAUGAAAGCAAUGAAGAACAUCUCAAUACUUCAUCGGACAAGGAUACCCUGAAUAGCUGGAUCAUAACUUUAAAUCUUUCUAGUCCAGUUUUUAUUCCCAAUAUAGUACUUGAGUAUCAUAAUGUGGAAUUUAAACUGAAUGAAGACCAUGAGAAUGAUCGCUCAGAAGCUACGGGCUACUUCUCAACCUUGAAUAGUGGUUCCGACUUGAAAUAUCCUGUAAAUAUUAAAGAAUCUAAACUUGAAAUCAACAUAACAACACAGUUGGUAUCUCAGUUUGUUCCAGUAAGGCAAGUUUCUUUAAAAACAAUUCAUGAUAUAAAGAAUUUGCUAUCAUUGUUUAGAAACUUUUUGGUAUUUGAAAAUUUAAUUAAAAGUGUUGCAGCUGUGUCCUUUGAUGACAGAGAUAACGAUAAUAAGGAUCAAAGAUCUGAUAUAAUGUUAGAUGAACUCAGCUCCGAAAUGAAAAAAAAAUUGAAAGAAACGUUAAAGUUAUCGAAUAAUGUAACGGAUGAAGAACUUCUUGCGUUGAAUGUGAUCACUGAUACUAAAACGAAUAUGAUGCCAAGUUUGGACAGCUUCAUGAAUGAUGAUACCGACGAAACUACUUCAGAUAAUCAGCUCGUGAUAUCACUAGAUGAAGUGAACCUUGAAUCAGAAAAUAAUGACAUAAUCAUAUCAAUAAGUGGAAUUAUUGCAGCCAAACUAAAAAUUUCUAAUGGACAGAUAUCUAAGGUUGUCUCGUCGGAAGAUGAAAUGGAAGUCGAAUCCGCAUCUGAAAAAUUCAUAAAAGGACUAAGUUUGACAGAAGAUAUUCCUGCAACUCUAAGCUAUAUUUUAUAG